ACAGUAGCCGUAAGUGAGUGGAAUACAUUGUGUAUGAGAUGCAUUCGUGUCUGGUAACGUAAUGCUAUUAUAUUAAUGCAGUGAAUUAGCUGCUUUGUUCCCGCGGGAACUGCCUUUAUAAAUGACUACGCUCAUGGUCGGCUUUUUAUGAAUUUAUGUGCACCAAUGAUGCACUAUUCAAAAUGGCUUAUUGACGUUAAAAACAGGGCAAGCCUUCGAAAUGCAUGCAAAAAACCUCCUACUACCGACUGGAUUAUUAGGGGUAAUGCUGCAGAUGUGCAGAACAACAACCCGCAACCAAAAACAUCUGAGCUUAUGGUCACCACCCAUCUCUGGAAAGAAGGUUACAAAAUAAUCAAGAAAAUUGGAGAGGGUGCAUUUUCAGAGGUGGUUAAAACACAGAGCCUGAAAGAUGGGAAGUUUUAUGCAUGUAAAACCAUGAAGCAAACAAUUAACAGUUUGGAACAGGCCCACAACCUACGGGAAGUCCAGGCAAUGAAGAGACUCAGUCCUCAUGCAAACAUCAUCCAGCUACAUGAACUGAUUUUUGACAAAGAAACUGGAACUGUAUCUUUAAUAUGUGAGCUGAUGGAGAUGAACAUCUACGAGUUCAUACAAGGAAGACGAACGCCACUGCCUGACCAUACAGUCAAGAACUACAUGUACCAAUUGUGCAAAUCACUUGAUCAUAUGCACAGAUGUGGGAUCUUUCACAGGGAUGUCAAGCCAGAAAAUAUCCUCAUAAAACAAAAUAUUUUAAAGCUUGGUGACUUCGGCUCAUCUCGGAGUGUGUACUCCAAGCCCCCACACACGGAGUACAUCUCCACACGCUGGUACAGAGCCCCAGAAUGCCUCCUUACUGAUGGAUAUUACAGCCUGAAAAUGGACAUCUGGAGUGCUGGUUGUGUCUUCUUUGAAAUCAUGAGCUUGAAUCCUCUCUUCCCUGGAGCCAGUGAGUUGGACCAAGUUGCCAAGAUCCACGAAGUGUUGGGGACGCCAGAUCAAAGUGUACUCCAAAAGUUCAAGAAAUCUAGAGCGAUGCAUUUCAACUUCCCUCCCAAAAAAGGCACUGGCAUCUCACGGUUAAUCCCAACCUGCUCUGCUCCAGCUCUGUCACUGCUUUAUCAGAUGCUUGCUUAUGACCCUGAUGAGCGCAUCACUGCAGAAACAUCCAUAAAGCACACAUACUUUAGAGAAAUCAGGAUGCCAGAGAAUGCAGCAGAGACUCUUCACAGAGUUUCUGGAACUUUUGAUGGAGUAGGGGGAACUGUGAAGCAAAACCCCUUGGAGCACAUCUGGCGACCAACCAGACUUGGUAAACAACUGAGAGGACGACACAUAAGACAGACACCUUUAAUGAGCCUCAAUAUGAAGCAUGUAGCAGACCCACUCCUCAGACGUAAUGGCCCCCACUGCCCCGCAGAGCUGCCCAAGCUCAACAUGGUUGCACCAGGACCUCAGAUUUCAUUCCCGGUCUCCACUCUUCCUGUUUUUCCCAUCACACACAGAGGAACACUGCCAGCAAUUACAUCAAAAAAGUGCCAGUCACAGCUGACAAAGCCACGGGAUGAGUCACACCGCACAGCUUUUAAAACCUACUGUAUGCCACCUCUGGAUCGGAAACACAAAGACAUCUGAGCCAAGAUGGCUCGUCAAGCAGGACAGGCAUACCUAACAGACAUUUGAGGACAUUUGUACAGGCUUGAUACUAUAAUCUGUAAAGCAAAAACAUCCUUGUAAAUGAUUUUUAAAAAAUGCAAUGGAAACAAGAUAAGUCUCUUACUAGUUACAACUGGAAUACCAAACCGUUUAUCCUUGUGAUUAAUUAUGAUUAAAUUCUAUGUGUUGAAAUUAA